AUGGACCACACCGCGGCCAUACAAACAGAAACGCGACCAGGCUAUAUCCUCAUCGGGACAUGCAUGGCCACCAGGGCCAUGUAUUUAGAUUUCUGCCCCUCCUUGGAUGCAGAGGAAUUUGUUCUAGCUCUUCGAAGAUUCGGUGCUACGCAUGGAGCCCCGACCAUAAUCACUUCUGAUAACCACCAAACGUUCAAGACGGCCAGCAACCUCCUUCAGGGACUUUAUGAAGAGGAUGAAGUCCAGCAGUUCCUGAGGAGGACUGGCGUAGAAUGGCAAUUUCAAAGCCCCCGUGCGCCGUGGAAAGGCGGUUUUUUCGAACGUCUGAUUGGUGUCACAAAACGUGCCCUUAUGAUUGCCCUCGGGAGAAAGUAUCUCCCGGAGGCCCACGUAUUAACUCUAGUGAAAGAGGCGGAGGCGGUAGUGAAUAAUAGGCCGUUGAUGUAUAGCGGUGACAAGUGCGAGGACGAGGUCCUCACCCCCUCUCAUUUAGUGCGAGGUCACUUAAUUAACUUAAUGGCACCUGUUUUGCCAGAUGAAGACCUUAAUGCUACCUUCACCUCCCGGAGGCUGCGAGAUCGAUAUCUUAAACUAACAGAAACUUUGAAAGCCUUCCGGGAGAGGUGGAGGAAGGAGUACCUGAGUGCCCUAAGAGGCCGACACGAUUGUCAGUCUGGGGAACCCACCAAGCUGCACCCCGGAGACCUCGUGUUAGUAAAGCAAGAAAAUCAAAAGCGGGCAACGUGGCCCCUUGGACGCGUCGUGGAGACGUACCCGGACGACGAUGGUGUCGUGCAUUCGGCCAAGGUAUUGUUUGAAGAUGUUGAGUCCCUGUGUGCUGUCAGCCACUUGGUCCCCCUGGAACUUGCCCCCUCAGAUGACGAUGAUGGCGUUGGAUCCGAACGGCGUGACGAUGUUGAUGGUGCGACGGAGGAGAUGGUGCGUGACGACGACGGCAAAGAAGAGGUCCGAGACGAGGGAGCGUACAGCCCAGCAGUAGGUGUUCCAGGAAAUGCUGUGAUGUCUGGGGACGACCAAGGGAUGGCACUGGCUGCAACACCCGAACAACCAGCCACAUAG